AUAGCAUGCAAAACAAAGUUUUUCAAUGUACCUCAUUACACGUGGCAAUCAUAUAUUGAAACAUAAUGGCAUGGUAAAUCUGAUCUUUCUGGCUAGCAUCCGAAACAAAACGUUUCACUGUACCUCAAUACACAUGACAGGAAUAAAUUAAACCUAAACUUUUGUAGAUGUUUUGGUGAACUGGUUUUUAACUAGUAGAAUGAAUGAUCAGCAGUGACUUACAAUUGUUGCAAGUUUUACUGUUAUAGCCAGUGUUUCAGUUUGGCACAAAGGGUUAAUUUGCCCUCCGCUGACUACAAUAACCUCUUCUUCUCUCCUUCACUCAUGCUACCAAUCAUCUCCUUCCUCUCACCCCUAUCAAACCCUUCCUCUUUCCACUGACUCACCCAGUAGAUCUCGUCACAAUGAGCUGCAGUCUCCGACCAGCCUGCUCCCAAUUGUAAUCAAGCUGCCACAACUCACUCAGUAUGAUUUGUUAUCAAAAAUAUUCAAGACAGCUGACCCUAUUUUUACUACUAACUGCAGGAGUGUUUUGUAGAGCAAGUAGCACAAAUGCAAACGUGGUGAACGCUGAACUGGGGGAACGAGCUAUUUUAGUUGCUCAGGAUCGAUUCUCCGACACCAAUCACGAAAUUAAAUGGAUGAAAAUAAACAAUACUGUUGCCCGGUACAAGGACAGCCCCAAGGUGUACGGACAGUUUCAAGGAAGAGUGGAGAUAUCCAAUGACGGCACCCUGACAUUUCCCUCCGCAACCAAAACUGAUGAAGGAACGUACAGCUGGGAAAUAUUUAAUACAGAUGGAAUAAAAAUAUUUACCGGAGAGGUUACCUUGAAUUUAUAUGUGAGAGUCUCCAAGCCUGUGCUGAAUGUCAUCUGUAAGUCUCCAAAAGAAGUCAACAUUACGUGCUUUGUAGCGAAUGGAACAAAAAUCCACAUCACAUUACACGGUGACUCGAUGAUCCAAACAGUCCAGGGCUCUUAUUUGGAGAAGAAAUUUUCUUUUAGAAAGACUGGGAAUAAGAACUAUUCUUGCAUUGCGAAAAAUGAAAUCAGCGAAGCUAAGAGUGUGGAAGAGGUUAACUGUGACGAAAAUAAAUGGUAUAAGAAUUACCAAAUUAUUAUGCUGGCAGGAAUAAUUGCGCUGGGAAUGAUCAUGCUUUUCCUCUUCAUUUGUUUAAUUAUAAAAUGUUGCCGAUCACAAACCAAGAAACAUGCUUCGAAGCCGUACCCAUACCGAGGUGAACUGACAGAAGAAAGGGAAUUGGAUUACGUGAAUCAAUCAAAGCCGCCAAGGUCCAAUCUUCGAGAGACCCACACCGAAUACAGCAGUCCACAUCCGCAGCCAAAGCCUCGUAAAAGCACGGAAAGGGGAGAGAGAAUGCGCGAAGGAGAGAGAGCGUGCAGUGAAGAAAGGAAGCAGGGAGGCAGGAACCGGCCGAGGGAAGGCGGGGUGCGGACUGGUGGCACAACACCAAGAGUGAAUACCUACGGGGGAAAGACACCACAGCGAGGAGACGGACCACCAAAAACAGUAGCUAAAGAACCUAGGGGAAGAAGAGGGCCUGUGCCCAUCCCUCCUGAGUGAGCCAUCGAUCUUCUCCACAAAAAUUGCUUCCAAACAUUUAGGGCGCAGCAGUAGAGCUGCUGCCUUACAGCGCCAGAGGCCCGGGUUUGAUCCUGACUGUGGGUGCUGUCUGUACGGAGUUUGCACAUUCUCCAUGUGACCGUGUGGGAUUUCUCCGGGUGCUCUGGUUUCCUCCCACAUCCCAAAGACGUACAAGUUUGUAGGUUAAUUGGCCAUCUCUAAUGCCCCUGUCCCACUUAGGAAACCUGAACGGAAACCUCUGGAGACUUUGCGCCCCACCCAAGGUUUCCGUGCGGUUCCCGGAGGUUGCAGGUGGUUGCCGGAGGUUGCAGGUAGUUGAAGCAGGUAGGGAGACUGACAAAAACCUCUGGGAACCUCCGGGAACCGCACGGAAACCUUGGGUGGAGCGCAAAGUCUCCAGAGGUUACUGUUCAGGUUUCCUAAGUGGGACAGGGGCAUAAAUUGUCCCUAAUGUGUAGGAUAGAACUAGGGUACGGGGCGAUCGUUCGUCAGUGCAGACGCAGUGGGCUGAAUGGCCUGUUUCCACAUUGUAUCUCAAAUCUAAAAAUAUAUAUUUUACAUUGCAAAUAUGUAUAAAGGGAAUAAUGUCUCCUCGAGCUGUCUCUGGGCUUACUUGCUGUAGCGAUUUCUGUAGACCACAAAUUAAGUUUGUACAUCAACUUAAAUUUACGAGCUAUUAUUUAAACCAUACUUUUGCAACAGUUUUUCACAUGAUAAGACUUUUUACAAAGUGUACGCAUGUAUAAAUGGUAAAGGGUUUUGCACUUGUUAAAGUUUUUUUGUAGCAGAGAUUGUUAACUAUGACUUGAGUGUUUGUUCUUGAGUUUAUUUUUGUAUAUAGUUUUUACUCAGAACUAAAGCAGAUUAAAAUAUUUUAAACUAAGCCACAAAAUGGCUGGAGAUGUUUUGAGAAAGGUCUCUCGAGGCUGGAAAAGCACCUCAUAUAUCUCCUGGGCCCGCUUACAGCCCAGCGGUAAGAACGUUGAAUUCUCAAAAUUUAAGAAUUAAAAUUG